AUUCUGCGCCCGGUGCUCCUGUGCGAUUUAACCAAAGGAUGCAACAAAUGAAAGGGUGAAGUGUCUACGCAAAGAAAAAAGUCCUGGAGAAGUGAGAUUCAACUCUUUAUUAUACUAUUAUAAAGAUGGCGUUUAUUAAAGAGGAGAGUGAAGAUGUGAGGAUUGAAGAAACAUUCAGACUCAAACAUGAAGAUCCACAGGAACAAACGGGGCUGAUGGUGCUGAAAGGAGAGACUCAGAACCUGAAUGAAUUUGUAGAGAAAGAUCAGAAUGAGGAACACCAAGCUUUAUUCAUUGAAGAAAAACCCACGAUAACUAGAAACACUUCGCGUAAAAAGGCGAAGAAAACCAAACCUUUCAUCUGUCAUUGUGGAAAACGCUUCAGUCAAAAAAGCAACCUUAAAGUCCACAUGAGAGUUCACACAGGAGAGAAGCUUGCAACAUGCGAUCAGUGUGGAAAGAGAUUCACUCACAAACAAAACCUUAAAGUGCACAUGAGAGUUCACACCGGAGAGAAGCCGUUUCCCUGCCAGCACUGUGGAAAGACAUUCACGCAGUUCCAAACCCUUAAAUUUCACAUUACCGUUCACACCGGAGAGAAGCCGUACACCUGCCCUCAUUGUCCAAAGAGUUUUGAUCGAAAGAAAAAAUGUGAAAAGCACAUCAGAGUUCACACCGGAGAGCAACCAUUCGCCUGCCAACAGUGUGGAAGGAGCCUCGCUAGUAAAGAUCUGCUUAAGAAACACAUGAAAAUCCACACCGGGGAGAGACCGUACACCUGCCAAGAAUGUGGAAAGAGUUUCACUGAAACAGAACGCCUUAGAAUCCACAUGAGAAUUCACACCGGAGAGAGACCUUACACUUGCUCGCAAUGCGGGAAGAGUUACACGCAGAAAAACUGCCUUGAUUACCACAUGAGGAUUCACACCGGGGAGCGACCUUACAACUGCACACAGUGUGGUAAAAGCUUUAAAUGUAAAACCUCCCAAAUUCGCCACAUGAAUAUUCACACUGGAGAGAAGCCGUUCACGUGUGUCCAAUGUGGAAAGAGUUUUGCGCAAGAGUUUCACCUUAGGAAUCACGUUAUUUGUCACACCGGAGCGAAACCUUUUACAUGUGACCAGUGUGGAAAGAGUUUUACGCGUAAAGAUAACCUUAAAGAGCACAAGACGAUUCACACAAAUGAUAAAUCGUUUAUAUGCGAUCAGUGCGGAAAGGGUUUUACACGUAAAGACUACCUAAGCCAGCACAUGAAGAUUCACACAAAACAGAUUGUAUGUCCCCGGUGUGGAAAGAGUUUCGCUCAGAAAAGGAACUUCAACUUACACACUGCCAGGUGUAGCGUCUGAGAUCGAUCAGACACUUAUAUGUAUGACUUACCAGAUAUAAUAAACAGCACCCCUCACCCAACAACCAGGCCAUGUGGUAUUCAUUCUCCCUCAAUACCUCAACUCAGAGCAAGUCUCUGAUAACUGUGGCAAGGUCAAGGUAAGGGUUUAUGGCACUAA